AUGCAUCUCGCAUCUGUGAGACAGCGUAAUGUUCACCUGGAAGAGGAGAAUCUGGCUGCUCAAGGCAAGAAGCAAGUUGUGAACACUCCACGACGCGCUUUUGGUGAUAUGAAAAAUACUGGUACCCCUGGAAGAAAUCUACUAAAACCUGCUGCUAGUGCCCAAAAGCCUAGUGACAGCAUCGUACUUGUGGAUCCUGAUGCCGAAAAUGAAGAGGAAUACUUGCAAAAGCUGAUGUCGACGAGUAAAUUGUCCGAUAUCAGCGAAGAAAACGAAGAAAUCGAAUUUUGUGGUCCAGAAGAUGACCCAGACGAUUAUAGUUAUCUCUUCGAUGUAAGCACUAUCUUUUAA